AUGUCGUCUAUUCUGAGACCGGCCGCGACGGCAAUGGUCGAGGCGCGCGCUCACGUUCUCCUGGCGGACGUCGCCCUUACCCGCCUCCGAUGGACGACUACGAUAGGCGUGGCCCUCCACGAGGUUACAGCCCGCGCAGAGAUGGAUAUCGUGACGGCUAUCGUGAGCGCAGCCCUCGUCGAGAGUACUAUGAUGAUCGCGCUCGAUACCGAUCCCCUCCUCGCCGCCCUAUGGAUGAUUACCCUCCACCGCGAGGCCGCUAUGACGACCCCUACCGUCGAGACUAUCCUCCGCCACCCGAUCCCUAUGCCAACGGUAGACCCUACGACCGUCCUCCGAGAGACUUCCCUCCUCGAGAUGGGGCGUACCCUCGUGAUGGGUACCCUCGCGAGUAUGACCGUGGUGGCCGUUACUGGUAACUCAUCUCCUGCUCAAACACUUGCCUCAAAGGGGCUGUCCUUGACUCUGAAUAGAUCCUGGAGGCGCCCAAAACAUGUUACAGUACAGAGACCGCAUCCUCGCUUCUAG